UCUAAUUUGUGACAAUUUAAUUUGUUAUCUUGUCACUGUUUCAUUUUGUGGUGCUAUCUGUUUAUUAAGAUUUCUAUACAUUUUUGUUGUUUUUCUGGUUAUUUUAAAUCAUAUGUACUUUUAUUAAAUCCAACAUUCUUAAUUAACGAUAAAAUAUAUAAUAAUAAUGAAGCGAAAAGGUUCUAAUUUGGAUGUAGAAGAGUCAAGGUUAUCUGGAUUACUAUUUAAUAAAUCAAAAAGAUUUGUUGAAAAAAUAAAGAAUGAAGAAGACCAGCAUUUACCUGAUCUAAACUUAAAACCAGCAUGGAUUGAUGAAGAUGAUGAGCAAUUGACCAGUAAUAAUAAUACAAAAAAUAAAACCACUACUUUAUAUGCAGAAAAACUUAAACACAAGUAUGAAAGUUUGAUGGGCACACCAAAUUGGGCAAAAAUAAAAGAUAAACUGGAAGCAAAUCUUGAAGACAGUGACAUUUUGAGAAAAGUUGGUCACAUUCAAAAGAAGAAAGGUAGCUUGAAUUUAUCAAACAACUUCCUACAACUAAGAAAAUUACAAAAUAUAAAUAGUGAAUUCAGGAAACAAGGUCAAAUUAUCUCAUGUGUAGAAUUUCAUCCUAAGUUGAGUGUAGCAUUAGUAGCUGGGCUAUCUGGAGUGGUAUCCCUGUUCUCUGUUGGAGGUGAUACAAAUAAUCAGCUUCACAGUUUUAAAUUCAAUAAUGUCUCUGCUGUUCAGUUUUCCCCAGAUGGAUCAGAGGCAUAUUUAGCAUCUAAAGCUAAUCAUUAUUAUUGCAUGUAUGAUCUUGUAAAUGCAACACCCAAAAUGGUACAACUUCCUCACUGUGUGAAACGGCCUUUAAUAUUUAAAUUAUCACCUAAUGGAAAAUAUAUAGCAACCUCAGAUAGUUUUGAUGAAGUUCAUAUAAUAUGUAGUAAUUCUAAAGAACUUAUAAAAUCAUUAAAACAUAAUUAUAAAGUAGCAUGUGUAACAUUUAGUCAUAACAGUGAACAAGUAUAUUGUUAUUGUAUACAAGGUGAAAUUACAAUAUGGGAUUUAUCUACAUUUAGAGCAGUUAAAAAGUUUUAUGACAAUGGUUGUAUAAAUGCUUCUUGCAUAUCUAACAGUUCAUGUGGUAAGCUCCUAGCGACAGGGAGUCAGGAAGGUAUUGUUAAUGUCUAUGAGACAAAUAACAUAACUACUUCUGAACCUUUUCCAAUGAAGACAAUCUCCAAUUUAACCACUAAAAUAACAGACAUUACUUUUAACAAUACCACAGAAAUUCUGGCUAUAUCAUCAUAUUGCUUUCAGAAUGCUGUAAAACUUAUUCAUAUUCCUUCAUAUCAUGUUUUUAGCAAUUUUCCACAACAAGCAGACAAUUACAAUCAUAUUCAAUGUGUUAGAUUUUCCCCUAACAGUGGUUAUAUGGCUAUGGGUAACAACAAAGGUGCUGCUUAUUUGUAUAGAUUGAAGCAUUAUAAGAAUUAUUAGAAUAGUAAUUUUAGACAUACAAAUAAUAAAUAUUAUUAUGUGAAAUUAAUAUUUUUCAUUUGACAUAAAGUAAUUUUUUAUAAUUAUAUAUUGUAUAAUUCUACUGUAUGUGUGUAUGAUUUCAUGACUUUUUGUUUAUUCAAACCAGACACCUAUUCAGGUGUCUGGUCAAUUUAGAUCCACAAUAGGACAUGAUAAAUAGCAUUGCAAUAGGGCUUGAAGAUUUUUUAUUUUUACAAAUAUAAAAGAUCCUAUGUAAUAAUAAAAAAAAAUAUUCGGGUCUGCUAGUAUCUUAUUAAUAAAAAUGUAUUUAAGAAAAAUUUAUAUAGAUGCCAAUACAAUAAUUUCCAUAAAUAUUGUAUAUCUGUAUGUUUGGUCCGGCCUCACGCAAAAAUUACUCAGUUGUAUAAUUUAAAAUCUACGCUAGCUAGAAAUGGUGUAUAUCAUUAAAGCAAAAAAAAAAAAAUAUGAAUAAGUAGAAUUUAUUUGAAAAUAUGUGCUAAAGUUGUGGUACAAUGGACUAUUUUCUUUGUGGUUCUGUUCACAAGUAUGGAUUAAUAUAAUAAAAAUGGCUCUGUGGCUAUAUACACUGUGUGGCAAUAUCACCUGUGGUCAAUUUUGGGUCUAAAAAGUCUAAAUGACCCGAUGGUAAAUUAGAUCUACAUUAAGUUUUUACGAUAUGUGCAGUUGGAAAUUCACUGAUAAUUUAGCAUUCAGGCCACAAUAUAAUAUUUAUCUCAUCUAUCACUGGUAUUGGUAUUGGUAUCCCGCCAAGAUAAAUCGGUAUUGCAGGCGAAUAACAAUUUCAAUUGCACGCUUAAAAAUUGUGGAUUUGGACAAUUUCAUAAUUUAUAGUCUAUGAAAUUCACAAUUUUUUUUAGUAUGUUGUACUUUUAUUAAAUCAGUUUUAUAUUGUAUAAACAUUAUAACCGAACAAUAUUACAAUACAAAAACUACCUUAUCUAUGAUUCUUCGAGCUGGAGCUUCAUUUCUAUAUAUGCAAAAUUUUUCACUGCUUCAUCGCCCUGACGUUCAAAACGCAAUUUCAAUUUAUUAUUUCUUAUACAGGGCUAAUAAACUGUUUUAGUCUAGUAAGCAGAGGAAUAAACGACUAUGUGAUUUUAUAUAUCUAAUGAAAAAUGUAACGUAAUUAGUAUCCAAAAUAAUAAUCGCAGAUCGAUCAGUAUAUCGCACGCGCUGUUCAAAGACUACUCCAUGUUCUACACUUCUUUGACUACCUCGUGUUCUUAAGACAUAUCACAAAGGUAGCAAACAAGCAUACAGCCCCUUUGAUGGUUAAGGGUCACUGUAGCCUAUAGACGCCUGCAACACUAGUGGUGUCACUUGCGCCUUGCCAACCCUAAGCCCACCUUUUUAUAUUUAUGAAUGAACCAUCAUCGUAUUAGAAUUGUGAAUAAUAAAACUUCAAUUUAUGAGAGAAAGGUAUUUAUUAUUUAAUGUAUAUGACAAUAAUGUUCAUAUUUUAUCACAAAUUUAUAAGUAUUUAUUAUUAUGUAAAGAUAAUACAUCUUAGAUUCCGUCAUUAGGAAAAAGGGUUGAAUGAAAUGUUAUAACAAAUUACCAUAUAUAAAACAAAGGGAAUGAACAAUACUACAUACAUAAGUAGUAAAUAGUCUGCAAGUGAGUAUAAUGUAUCUUAAAACCUUUCUUUUAUAUAAUUACCGAUAAAAGCUGUCGUUCUGCAGUUUGAAUUCUAAAUUUGACAUUUAGCAGAAUGAUAUUGAAAUAUUUUUUUUAACCAAAAAUGCAUUUAAAAAAAAUAUUUCCAUUGCAUCUUAAUAAAAAAUUGCAAAAUCCAUCUUGUAGAUGCAUUCCGUAGAGACUAUAGAACAGCAUCACUCUGCCAACAAUGGACAAAUUGCGUACUGAAUAACAAUGGGCGGGCUAUGAAAGAUGAUAGCUGGUCGUCAGUUUUUCUACUGUUAGCCAAAUUCGUUUCCACUUAUCUUAAAAUCAUGGAAUAACUACAGUACAUCAACUAUUGCUGUAAUAAGGCUCAAUUAAUUAUUUGAUCUAAGCACUUAUAAUUUACGACUUUUGAUAUUGGCAUAAUUGUAAAUAGGAUAUUACAUUAGUGAAAUCACAUAUUGAUAUAGAGUUGUUAUGGAUUUGAUAGUAAUUUAGCACAUAAAAAGCAAAUUGUAACAUCAACGUAAGUCUCUAUAACAGUUUUGUUAUACUUUGCAUAUUUAGUAAAAUUUUUUUUUUACUAAAUAUACCAAGUAUAAUUGAUGCAUAUGUUGAGCCUUGUCACAUUUCCAUUAGACUAAGAACAAUGAUUAGUAUUAAAAUAUGUAUAUAGUCUGACUAAAGUAAACAAGCGCAGCCGAGUCAUUAACAAAAUAAUCGAGACCUAGAGAUAAAAUGUCUUUGCGUUAUAACAAAACACACAUUUAUUUUUUUGUAUCCUAUGUCAUUAUUGCAUUAUAUCCAUUUAGUGCUUCUUAGGUUUGUACCUAAAAUCUUUCUUACCACAAGAAUUCUAUCAAAUGAGUUUAGCCUACAUUUAUUCUCAAGUGUACCUGGAAUUUGACUGCUAUCGCAUUUAGUGUACAGAAAGAAAAUAAA